UGCCGUGGCCAUGGGGAUGCUCAGCCUGCUCGGCUUCCUCUCCUGCGGGAAGAAGAAGGACUUCAGUUUGUCAAAUGAAAAAGAUGCCCACAUCAGUAACAGUGAUGAGAACUUGGAGCGUGGCAACUGGUCAAACAAAGGCGACUACCUGCUCUCCAUGGUGGGCUAUGCUGUGGGCCUGGGCAACGUCUGGAGGUUUCCCUAUCUCACCUACCAGAACGGCGGAGGUGCUUUUCUUAUCCCAUACACCCUGAUGCUGGCAUUAGCUGGUUUACCCUUAUUUUUCAUGGAAUGUUCCCUUGGGCAGUUUGCCAGCCUAGGGCCAAUUUCUGUCUGGAGGAUAUUGCCAUUGUUUCAAGGAGUGGGCAUCACGAUGGUCAUCAUCUCGACAUUCGUGGCAAUCUACUACAACGUGAUCAUUGCUUACGCCCUCUAUUAUUUGUUUGCCUCAUUUCAAAAAGUUCUGCCAUGGUCUGACUGCUUUUCCUGGGCAGAUGAGUUCUGCAGCAAAACACGAUUGGUAAGCGACUGCAACGCAACCUUAAAUGGAGAGGUGAUUCAUCUAAACUACUCGUUCAUCAUAAGCAACAAUCUCACGUGUAUAAAUGGCACCAUAAACUACAAACCUGUGCAAUUUCCCAGUGAGCAAUAUUGGAAUAAAGUGGCUCUUCAGCGUUCGAGGGGAUUGGAUGAAACUGGUAACAUUGUGUGGUACCUGGCACUCUGCCUCCUACUGUCCUGGAUGAUUAUUGGAGCUGUGCUGUUUAAAGGAAUAAAAUCUUCUGGAAAGGUUGUCUACUUUACUGCACUCUUCCCAUACGUUAUCCUGCUCAUCUUGUUGGUGCGAGGGGCCACCCUGGAAGGUGCUCUGGAUGGCAUUGAGUACUACAUUGGGAAACAGUCCAACAUCACCAAGCUGAUGGAGGCAGAGGUUUGGAAAGAUGCAGCCACCCAGAUAUUCUACUCCCUGUCCGUGGCGUGGGGCGGGCUUGUUGCUUUGUCUUCCUACAAUAAGUUCCACAACAACUGCUACUCGGAUGCUAUUUUAGUUUGUGUCACCAACUGUGCCACCAGCGUAUUUGCUGGGUUUGCAAUAUUCUCCAUUCUGGGACAUAUGGCAUUCGUGUCUGAGAGACCCGUUUCUGAGGUUGUGGACUCAGGAUUUGAUCUGGCGUUUGUAGCCUACCCAGAGGCUCUCUCCAAGUUACCAGUUUCUCCUCUGUGGUCCUUCUUGUUUUUCUUCAUGCUCCUGCUCUUGGGUCUUGACUCUCAGUUUGCCACCAUAGAAACACUUACAACCACCAUCCAAGAUAUAUAUCCCACAGUGAUGAAAAAGUUAAGAGUCCCUGUAACCCUGGGUGUGUGCAUAGUGCUCUUCUUUCUUGGUCUUACCUGUGUUACCCAGGCAGGAAUUUACUGGGUUAACCUAAUAGAUCACUUCUGUGCUGGAUGGGGUAUUCUUAUUGCAGCUGUCCUGGAGAUAAUAGGCAUCACCUACAUUUACGGGGGAAACAGGUUCAUUGAAGACAUUGAAAUGAUGAUUGGAAAGAAGAGUCGUUUAUUCUGGCUGUGGUGGAGAAUUUGCUGGUUUUUUGUAACUCCUGUGCUAUUAAUGGCAAUUUUAGUCUGGUCUCUGGUCACAUUUUCACCCCCCACUUAUGGCUCAGUGUCAUAUCCAGCCUGGGGAACUGCUGUUGGCUGGUGCAUGAUUAUCUUCUGUGUCAUCUGGAUUCCCAUCGUUGCUGUUAUAAAAAUAGUAAAAGCUGAAGGAAACCUUUGGCAGCGCAUUGUAAGCUGUUGCAGGCCUGCAGCAAACUGGGGUCCCUACCUGGAAUGUCACCGAGGAGAAAGAUACAGCCAUGUUGUAGAUCCCAAAAAGGAAAAGGAUCAUGAGAUUCCUACCGUGUCUGGCUUCGUAUACACUCAACAAUGAGAUGGCCCUUUGGAUCACAAUUUUUUAAACAUAUGUGUGUUGUUUUUUUGUUUUCUUUAACUUUUAGAAAGUGGCAAUGCAAAGCAACAACAAAAAGCAAAUCAACCCUCUGCCCUUCAAAACCUGGCCCCCAAAUGAAAGGGAGACGUGUUAUUUAUUUUUAGUGCUGUAUGUUGGGGGAGGAACAGAUAAAUUAGACACUGAGAUCUUCCCAGAGGUGUAGGUUGAGAGGGCAGCGAUGUGCAUUGCAGGCUCACCAGGCUGAUGGACUGGGCAUGCUUAACCCCAAUAUCCAGCUGGACUGUAGAUAUGGAUGUGGAAGAGCCCAAAGAGACAUCCUGGUGUUCCUCAUCUACAGGGAAUUUGACUCAAAGUGUUGUGCUUGCAUACCCCGAUGUGCUACAGGCAGUUACUCCCUUCUGCUGUGCUUUGCCACCCAUGGUGGUAUGCAUUUAGCAAAGGUGAAUGAGUGUGCUGCUGCCUGGCUCUUUAUUAGCUCAGGGAACAGCAAUAAUUUUUCUCUAAGCCUUGCUUAGUGCUGUGAGGCUGCUCAGGAUUUGAUGUUGACUACAGUGUGUGUGUGUUUUUUGCAUCUAAAUGUUGAGUGGCAAACAAUUGCCAUCACAGAAAAUAAGGCCUUAUCGUGGUGCAAAACAGACUUCUCUCUUUCUCUCAUUAUUCCCCUUGGGAUCCCCAAAGAGCCAUCUUCUAUAUCGUGCCCCAAACUCAGCAUUUAUCUGUCUAUAGUUCAAAAAUCCCGUGUUUCCACAUUCUGUCACAGGCUCUGCAGAAUUCAAUAGCCAUUGAGCUCUAGUGUCUCCUGUCCUACGCUCACUGAGGCU